AUGGCAAGCAAUGGAAUCCAGAAGGCAAUCCUGUCACUAACAGCGCCUGGCGCGUCCAUUGCUCCUGAUACAGAAUCAGCACGGGUUCUAGCCAGGCAGGUAAAUGAGUACGCUGCUGGUCUCCGCCAGCAGCACCCGAACUCAUUUGGUUUCUUUGCGACUCUCCCUUCACUUACAGAUAUACCUGGAGCCCUAGCUGAGAUCGAAUACGCACUGGAUGUCCUGAAGGCCGACGGUGUCACUUUAUUUACGAGGUACGGGGAUGGAAAUAACUACCUAGGCCACAAUCUCUUCACUCCCAUCUGGGAAGAACUCGACGCGCGAAAGGCAGUGGUCUUUGUGCAUCCCACGCACCCAGUGAACACUACCUGGACAAACCCAAUCCUCCCACAACCAGCCAUUGAUUAUCCCCACGAAACUACUCGCACGGCUGUUGAUUUGAUUAUUGCCAACGUGACGCAGAAAUAUCCCAAUUGCCGAAAGAUUCUCUCCCAUGCGGGAGGGUCGCUUCCGUAUCUGAUUUCCCGGAUUGCAACUACAUCGCGAGCCACAGAGGCCACGGAACUGAUAUAUGGCAAAACCAGUAAAGAUAUCAUGGACGAUUUCAGGUCCUUCUACUAUGAUCUGGCCCUCUCUAGCUCACCCGCUGUCUUGAACAUGGUGCUUGAUCUGGUCCCUCAUCAUCAUAUUACCUAUGGUUCUGACUUUCCAUACGCCGACUCAGACAAGAUUGCCGGGUUCAGAGAAGACUUAGAUGCGUUCCAUAUGGCACCCAGGAUUCGUGAAAUGAUCUAUUAUGGGAACGCAGAGAACCUUCUCCAGUUGGAAAACCACGUCAAGUAG